GGAAAAUCCAUUUGUGACUGUCACAAUGUCAAAGUCCAAUUGUCAAAUAACAAGUGCCAAGUAACGAAAGUCAACAUCACUAAAAUUCUUUUCGCUUUGAUAUUCUAGUGCACAGUGCACGUGCUAUUUUGAUAGUCAAAAUGCAGAACGACGCCGGAGAAUUCGUUGACCUGUACUGUCCCAGGAAAUGCUCGGCCAGCAACCGUCUCAUCCACGCAAAAGACCAUGCCUCGGUGCAGUUGGUGAUCGCCGAUGUGGAUCCGGCCACGGGCAGAGCGGCCGACACUUCCAAGAUGUACGUCAUCUGCGGAGCUAUUAGGCGAAUGGGGGAGUCGGACGACUGCAUCGUCAGACUGACCAAGAAAGAUGGGAUUCUUAUUAAGAACUACUGAUGCAGAGCAGAUUAUUUAAGGAA